CAUUCAAACUCUCUCUCUCUCUUUCUCUCUUUCUCUCUCUAACCUUUCUUUUCUCUCUCUAAAAAUGGAACUCUAAAAAUAAAACACAAAUCCUUUCGAACAUUUCAAACCCCAAAAAACACUUUUUUCUUUUUCUUAUGGAAACGACGGCGUCGUAUUGGUGUUACCGGUGCAGUCGGUUCGUUAGAGCUUCGGGUCAGGACGGAUCGGUAACAUGCCCCGACUGCGAAAGCGGGUUUGUGGAGGCAAUGGAAGAGGAUCCACCCCGGACUGUCCACGUGGACUCCAGGCGUAGGAGAAUCCCUGCGGCUGCGAUGUACAUGAUCGGUGCCCCUCACCCCCACCACCUCCACCACCACCACCACCACCUCCACGGCAGCAACAAUAGCAGCCACCACAACCAAAGCAACAGUUCCGGCCCAACUCUCCGCCGGCUGAGGAGAACCGGGCCGGACCGGUCUCCUUUCAACCCGGUCAUCGUUCUCCGCGGCGGGCCCUCUGAUGGCAGAGAGGCGCGUGGGUUCGAGCUCUUUUACGACGACGGAAGCGGGUCGGGUCUUAGGCCGUUGCCGCCUAGCAUGUCGGAUUUUCUGUUGGGGUCCGGAUUCGAUCGGCUUUUGGAGCAACUGUCGCAGAUCGAAUUGAACGGCGUGGUCGCGAGGUACGAGAACCCGCCGGCUUCGAAGUCGGCGAUCGAGUCGAUGCCCACGAUCGAAAUUGACGAGACCCAGGUAGAGUCUCACUGUGCUGUUUGUAAAGAGCAAUUCGAAUUCGGAUCCGAAGCUCGAGAAAUGCCGUGUAAGCAUAUAUACCACUCUGAUUGUAUUCUUCCUUGGCUUUUGAUUCGGAAUUCUUGCCCAGUUUGUCGCCACGAGCUUCCCACUGAUACGGAAACCGUAGCGGCGGCUGCGCCGGUGGAGUCUACGACUGCGGCGGCGGCGGCGGCUGUUCAGAAUGGGUCUGAGAAUAUUGGGUUGACGAUUUGGAGGCUUCCCGGAGGUGGGUUUGCGGUGGGGAGGUUUUCUGGGCCGAGAGGGAGAAUUGGGGAGCGAGAGCUUCCGGUGGUGUAUACGGAAAUGGAUGGUGGGUUUAACAAUGGCGCUGCGGUGAGGCGGGUUGCGUGGUCGAUGAGAGCGGGUGGAGGAGGAGGAGGAGGAGGAGGGCAAGAGAAUGGUGGGUUUGGCCGUACGGUCAGGAAUUUGUUGUCUUGUUUUCGAGGCUCGAAUUCGGGUUCAGGUUCGGGUUCUGGGUCUAAUUCAGAUGCCAGAACGACAAGGAGGAGGAGAUCAGUAUCGGCAGGGAGGUCGAGGAGGCGGAGGACUUGGUCUAUGGAUGUUAAUAAUGGGGCUAGAGAAUGGUGAAAUUGGCUAAAAUUGCCAAAAAGAAAAGAGUCUCUAACUUCGGCUCUUUCUGGGUCGGUUCCAAUGUAAAUAUAGAGAUGGGUAUUCCAAUUCAGAGCUUAUAGAAAAAUUGAGGGAAAUUCUCAAAUUGCUAAUAAGUUGAAGAUUGUUGUAUGCAUAAAAAGAAGAAAGAGCUGGAGCAAAACAGGAGAGGAGAAAAAAGAAGGUACAUGACUUUUUGUGUACCAAUGCUGCUGUGCCUCUUUGCUGAGUUUGAUGAAAUUGAAUUAGAGUAUCUGCAGCAAUUGUAUUCUUUUUUAGUUUUUUGUGACUCUUAUUGUUCAUUAAUUUUGAUUUUGUAGUUAGCUUCAGUUUGUUAUUUUCCGUCUUUCUGUCAUUAUUCUUCGAUAUAAAUAUUGUUAAGGUGAUAUUUAGCUCAUGAGGCAUGUUACACUACCUUUCUUUUGAGAUUUGUUUCCUUCUGAAAGGGUAUAAACUUUCGAUUUUAUGUA